AUGGCUGCCCUCUUACUAUGUGUCAUUGGGCUUAUAAAGUUUAGUUCCAAUAGUCUAUCUAACUCCUUUUCCACAGCUUCGAGUGCAGCAUGUGGGAUGGGCUUACAAGGUUUGAAAAUUGGACGUGCACUUUCAUCUAUCUGCAUGUGUGCUUUCUCCUUCGUACCUAGUCCCAAGCCUUCUUUGCAAACUUUCGGAAAAGCUUCUUUCAGGUUCUGA